AAAAGCGGGUAAAGGCACAAUAUGGCGGCAAUACGGCGAAUAAGAACAUUAAGGGUUAAAAGGUUACGGCUUAGGCUAAUGCAUAGUUAGUUAUAAUACUGUGUUUUAUUAGUUGUAGUGGAUAAGCUUUCAUCUCUUUAGACUAAUAUUUGUGUGUUUAAAAUAAGAAACUUCAAAAUUCUUCGAUUUAAAAUAACCACAUCAUAAAAAGGGGAACAGGAUUAUCCAGAGAGUCCGUACCUUUGAGACGCUGCAACUUUUUAUUAAAUAAAUAAAAUGGCCGGAUACAGAGUACCUUAUUCAAGUAAAGAAGAAAAUGCGAUUUUACAGUACAUUGUAGAGAAACAAAUUUAUCAUAGACUGAGAGGACGGCAAGUCUGGCAGGAGUUUGAAGCUAGUAGACAAAUAAAUAGAACGUGGCAGUCUGCAAAGGAGCAUUUUAGACAAAAGAUGUUAUCAAGAGUAUUAUCAGACGAGUCCUUCGAUCUGACGAAAGAACAAAGAGAAAAAAUAUAUAAUGGUUGGACGAGGACUGCCAUGUAUCCAAAUAAGCAUCAAGAAAACAAACAGAUUGGACAAAUGUUUUCUAAAGGCACAAUUGAAGAUGAUCAUGGGAUGACCAGUGAAGAAGAAGAAGGUGAAGUUAGUUAAAUAUAAUGAAUACAUUUAAUAUUUUGUUUCCUUGGUGUAUUUUGAAAAUCAGAAUCACUGUGUGAUAAAAUUACUUUUUAUGAAUUCCAUGUAUAUUUUUUAAUAGGUUGUAGUUUUGUUUUAUUAUGAAUGAGAAUGUUUUACUGUAACAUACUAUUUUUGCACAUUAAAUAAACAAUUUUUCAGAA